GUGAUGUUUACCGUCCAGAGAAACCCUUUGCAGCUGCGCUUCAACAAUUCAAGUACUCUCCCUUCUCUUCCUUUCUUCGUCUUGCUAUAUGUAUAGAUGAAAAAGAAAAAUAGAAAAAUCAAGAACAUUAACAAGUUUAAGCAUACGGAGAGAUGUCUCUAAUUUACCAUAAAACCUGCACAUCUCUGUCAAUGAUUCUUUGCCUAAACCUCAUUUUUUCACAGUACUUAUCAUCAUCAUCUGGAAUCCAGCAGCCAUCAGCAUAUGACAUCCUCAGUGACUACAGCUUUCCUAUAGGGCUACUCCCCAAGGGAGUUAUUGGCUAUGAUCUUGACAAGACAACCGGUAAAUUUUAUGCAUUCUUGAAUGGUACUUGCAGCUUUUCUCUUGAAGGAUCUUAUCAGAUAAGAUACAAGUCAACCAUCAAAGGGUACAUAUCUAGAGGGAAGCUUUCGAGCUUGGAGGGUGUUAGUGUGAAGUUGUUUUUCAUGUGGAUUGAUAUCAUUGAGGUGUCAAGAAAUAGGGAUGAUCUGGAAUUCUCUGUUGGGAUUGCUGGUGCUGGAUUUCCUAUUGAUAAUUUUGAGGAGUGUCCCCAAUGUGGGUGUGGUUUGAAUUGUGGAGAUCAGAGGAAAGUCAGCAAGUUCAGAUCUACCCUUUUGUAUCUUCUUCAUAGGGAAGCAUGAAUCAAAGAUUUCAAUCUCAUGAAAUGUUUUUGUUGGAAUUCUUGAUUGUGAUUAUUGUUUUGAUUGGAAUGAAUUGAAUUGGGUUAUGUUUAUUGUCACAAA